AUGGCCCUCAAGAGGCCUGCUUCAGCUCUCGCAUCCUCGAGGACUCAAAAAUAUGGGCUGCACAUUCGUGACCUUCAUGAGCUGGGCGAUUUUGCACAAGCUGGAUUUGAAGCUGUGGUGCUGGCGUUGGAUCGGGCUUCCAAUUCCUUGGAAGAUGACAGAGUUCCAAUUUCCGGGGCUGCAGUGGAGCUUACAAAGACCGGAAGGUUGCGAACCGUGGCCAUAGGUCACAAUGGUCGCAUUCCUCCAUCGGGAUCUCGCUGUUCAAGCGGAUAUCCCACAGACCAUGGGGAGACGGCUGCCAUCCGCCAGGUCAAGGAUGUUUCCAAGGUUGACUGGGGUCGAGUUGUUUUUGCCACCACACUUAGCCCAUGCGUCAUGUGCGGAGCGACGCUUGAAUGGCUAUGGGGGCUGGGACUUCGGCGCGUGGUGGUUGCAGAAAGUGCCAGUUUCAGUGGUACAGCUGAUUCGUUGGCACAGCUCUCCGGCAUGACCGUGGUGUGCUUGUCAAGCCCACAGGCGCAGUCCAUGAUGAAGACUUUUGCGGGCCGCUUCCCUUGGGACUGGGCUGCUGACAUCGGGGAAAUACCUCCGCGCGACCUCGCAUUCAUUAGUUCUUUUGACGAGAAAAGCGUGACGGACUUUGCCACUCGGAUGUCCGCACAAAUUGCAGCUGGGCAUCAGGCAGCGGUGGUGCGCUCCGACGUUGUUAUGGCAUCUGCUGCGGACGAGCGAUCGCAGAGUGGAGGGAAUGAGACUCGCAGUGCAGUGAUGCUCGCGAUGGGGCGCGCAGGAUCGGAAGUCAAUUUGAGAGAGUGCAUCUUGUUCAUAAGAUCUUCUAGCAGCACAUUGAGUCUACGUGAAUUUGGGGUGGUUUCCGUUGGAGCCUGCAAGCUGUUCCGCCCAGCCCUGAUUGUGGCAACAGUCUCCAUGGAACUUGAGCUGAAGUCAAAGCUCGAGGAGGCUGGCCUACGCGUUGCGAGCGCCUGA